AUGCCUCAUCCAUUCAAAUCCGCUAACAUGACCGAAAACGAGGAUCUGAGUGGUGUCCGAAUCUUCUUGGACUCCUACUUGGGCACAAGGGGGUUGGGUAACAACAACACCGCUUCUUUUCCAAACACACCCAGGGUGGGCCGGAGCGGUCUGAAGCCCUCCGGAAAUGAACAAGAGCCGCUCGACACCUACUUCGCGGAAGCGAUGUGGGCUGAACGCUUCGAGGAAACUUCCAGCUCGUCCGGGCUCUCCAUGGAAGACGACACACCCAUAGAGAUGUUGCUGGCCUACCCACCCUCAGGAGGUUCCCGUUCAAUGACGGACACCUCUUCCGUUCACACACCAGAGCCACUCGUCACUACUGAUGAAUUUACCUCCAUCUUUUCUACCUCCCCUUCCUCUCCUGGGGGCCGAUUUCGAGACACAGGCUCCUCCAUUGAUCUCAACGCCCUCCGUGGGUUGGAUGAUCGUUUGACUAUUCCUGUUUACGAUGCCAAGCAGAGCCUCCCAAGACCGCCUACUCUCGACCUUCCAGCACGGCCCAUCAAGAGAUCACCCAACAGCAGACAUCGCGUCGUCAAAAAUGUUGACAAGGUGAACAAAGUCAGAGACGCUGGCGCAUGUAUCCGAUGCAGAGUGCAAAAGGUGACAUGCUCGGCUAUCAACCCUUGUGAAACUUGCAAGAAGCUUGGACAGCAGACCACAGAGUUCUCUUGCAUUCGCGGAGACUUGACGAGUGUAGCCAAAGAGCUUUCUCCCAGGCGCUUCGCUGGCUUGAAACUCGACCAUAUUGUCAACAACACUCUGAGAACGGCGAGUCCGCAAUUCCUAGGUCCCGUCUUUGAAGGACGAAUUCUUCUCGAGCCAGACAGUUCUAGGCCGGGUCUCGAGGUCACUCUCAGAAACUACACAUGCGCUGCCUCCAACCAUGGCGGCUGUACAUUCACCAGGAAUCCAGAGAACCGUGCCCUGACCCAGGACGGCCUGGUGGACUGGGCUUCCCAAUAUGUCUCUUCUGAGGACCACAGGACCUUCGAGGGUCGUCUGGAGCAUUUCAUCAAACAGUACGGCAAGCCCAGUCACUGCAAUCCCUACAGCACGGCAAAACGUCCCAAGACCGAGUUGCUCCAAAAGGUGCACACGCUUCAUGCCAUGUGCAAAAUUUACCGCUCGCCAACCCUCUUCUUCAUCCGCUCAGGCGAGAUCAGGCUUUCCGAGCUUUCUCUCCCCGCCCAGGCGGAAAUCCGUGGUAUCGCGAAGUCCGUCAUCGAGUCGUCCGAGCGAGACAUCCUCGCCGACCUCGAUAGGUAUCUCAAGCCCACCAAGUCCAAGAUGGACAACCACGAGAGGCCCGCGGUGUGGGCUGCGCUGUGGCAGCUCAUGUUCAUCUACCGCGACCUUCUCAGAAACGUUAAGCCGUGGCACGGCAACGCAGAGCCUCUCUUGAAUGCCGUGGCGGUGUUCUACGCGAGUCUCUUCCGGACCUCCGCGGCGCUGAAGCUGCUGUCACUCGACAGCGUCAAGGGUCAUUGGCCUGCUGGUGAAACCCAGCAGGUUGGUCUCACGAAAGCGUUUGACGGCAUUUUGGAACUCCGCGACACUUUCCAUCAAAGAAUCGCUGCUGGAGUGGAUGCAAUUGACCAGCGUCUCAAGGUGCUUGUUGUAGAUCCCGAGAUGAGGGUCUUGAAACGCCGGCCGGCUCCCAAGAAGCAGGUCAGCGCAAAACGUGGUGCGUCUGGGCAGUGUGACGAAGAUGAAAUUAUGACUGGCUAUUAG